AUGAUGUACCAAUUGAUGAAAAACCUCCAUUUACUUAUCGUCAAGAUGAUCAUCAUCCAAGACAUCCAACUGAUAUUAAAUCCGAAUCACCUAUUGUUCAGAGACCACCACCACUUUCGGAAUCUCCUGUUAGAGAAACUUACAACAAUGAACAACAACAACAUAGUCCGAUUUCAAAUGUUUCUAAUAAUGAUAUUCCUCGAAAAUCUUCAGCUGAUCAACGACCCGAAACACCACGUGAAAUUUCAAAAAUGUCAAUUCCGUAUCAAUCAGAACCGGAUCCACAUUCUCCUCCUGGAGAACAAAGUCCACGUGUUAAUGAACAGAACAAUUCUACAUCUUCAACCAGUCCUCCUGAUAAUGAUAAAUCAAUAUUAGCACCUAUUCGUACUAAUUCUUCUGCUAAUGACCGAUCAUCUGGAUCUGCAACUGCUCGUACGGUGGAUGAAGAUUAUGAUGGAACUGCUACUACAGCAGAAACUUUAGUAAGCUUGAGUGAUCCUGGUGUUUCAUCUUCAUCUGCUGCACAAAAACGUUCAUAUUCACCAGUAAAAGGAGAUGAUGCUGAUGAUCGCCGUGAUGAAGGCAAUGCUAAACGAAUGAAACCAUCGCCAACGACUCCAGCAGAUGAAGUUUCGUCUCCAAUAUCGUCCCAUUCAGAACGUGAAAGAGAACGAGAUAGACGAAAGUCUGAACAAAGUGCUAAUGGAAGUAAUUCUCCGGUUGCUGGUGGUGCUACACCUUAA